UAGUAUGUGAGAGUUAUUCAGUGGGUUGAGACGUUCUAAAAUAAUUCAUAGCUAAAAAGAAUUAAUAAAUACAGUUAAAAAACGUUAGAAACCAAAAUUUAAUUUAGUAGAAAAAAAACAAUUUAAAAAAUCAUUAACAAAAGCAAACGUUUUGUUAUGAACAUUUAAAUUUAUUAUACAAAAAAAAAAUCCAUUUAAGGAAUCUUUUUAAUAAACAGCCAAAUUAUUGAAAAAAUACAAGUUAUAGAAAAACAAAAAAUGCCUUCGGAAAAAUCGAUUUACAAUCCACAUCCGGCCAUUAGCCAAAAUGCUUACAUAUCCAGCAUGGAAGAGUAUAAAAAGUUCUAUGAGGAGUCUUUGGAUAAUCCCGAAGAAUUCUGGUCUCGUGUGGCCAAACAAUUCCACUGGGAAACACCAGCCGAACCAAAGAAAUUUCUACAAUACAACUUUGAUAUUACGAAAGGACCCAUUUCCAUUAAAUGGAUGGAAGGAGCCUCCACAAAUAUCUGCUACAAUCUAUUAGAUCGCAAUAUUCGUAAUGGUUUAGGAGAUACUAUAGCCUAUUAUUGGGAAGGCAAUCAUCCAGAUGACUAUUCCAGAGGUCUUACCUACCGCAAACUGUUGGAGGAAGUUUGCCGUUUCGCCAAUGUUUUAAAGGAUCAUGGCGUCAAAAAGGGUGAUCGUGUUUCCAUUUAUAUGCCCAUGAUAUUGGAGCUACCCAUUGCCAUGUUGGCUUGUGCCCGUAUUGGUGCUGUACAUUCCAUUGUUUUUGCCGGUUUCUCAUCCGACUCCUUGGCCGAACGUAUGUUCGAUUGUAAGGCAAAAAUCCUGAUUACUGCUGAUGGCGCUUGGCGUGGUGAGAAACCUUUGUACCUGAAAGCUUUGUGUGAUAUAGCUUUAGAGAAGGCCGAAGAAAUGGGCCAUACCGUAGAGAAAUGUAUAGUUGUUUCGCAUUUGAAGAGAGUUACCGCCUGUCAGGAGAAUCACGUCGAGGAGGAUAUACCCUGGACCGAUAUUCGUGAUUUCUGGUGGCACGAAGAAAUGGAAGAUAAGGAACCCGCUUGCUAUCCCGAAUGGAUGGAUGCUGAGGAUCCCUUGUUUAUGUUAUACACCAGCGGUUCGACUGGUAAACCCAAGGGUGUUUUGCACACUACCGGCGGUUAUUUGUUGUAUGCUGCCACCACAUUUAAAAUUGUAUUCGAUUACAAGCCUGGUGAUAUUUACUGGUGUACUGCCGAUGUUGGCUGGAUUACUGGUCACACCUAUGUGGUGUAUGGUCCUUUGGCCAAUGGUGCUUCGUCAGUUAUUUUCGAAGGCACUCCAUUCUAUCCUGAUAAUGAUCGUUAUUGGUCGGUUAUUGACAAGUAUAAGGUUACACAAUUCUAUACUGCCCCUACGGCUAUAAGAGCUCUCAUGAAAUUCGGCGAUGGUCCAGUUUUGAAGCAUAAAUUACAGCAUUUGAAAGUUUUGGGCAGUGUUGGUGAACCCAUUAAUCCCGAGGCCUGGCUAUGGUAUUACCGUUAUGUUGGCAAAGAAAGAUGUUCCAUUGUGGAUACUUUCUGGCAAACUGAAACUGGUGGCCAUGUUAUAACCCCCUUACCGGGUUGUACACCAAUGAAACCUGGAUCAGCAUCAUUCCCCUUCUUUGGCGUUAAACCAAUAUUGCUGGAUGAAAGUGGUAUUGAGAUUAAAGGUGAAGGCGAAGGCUAUUUGGUAUUCUCUCAACCUUGGCCGGGCAUGAUGCGCACCCUGUUCAAUAAUCAUGAACGAUAUGAAGAAACCUAUUUCUCGAAAUUCCCUGGCUUUUAUUGUACCGGCGAUGGUGCUCGUCGUGAUGCUGAUGGCUAUUUAUGGAUUACCGGACGUGUUGAUGAUAUGUUAAAUGUAUCGGGACAUCUUAUGUCCACAGCCGAAGUAGAAUCAGUGCUAACAGAACAUCCCCGUGUUUCAGAGUCGGCCGUAGUGGCCAGACCUCAUGCGGUGAAGGGACAAUGUCUGUAUUGUUUCAUUACCACCAAUGAAAAUGAGAAGUUUGAUGCUAAAUUGAUUUCGGAGUUGAAAAAGUUGGUGCGUGAACGUAUUGGUCCUUUCGCUAUGCCCGAUGUGGUGCAACAUGCUCCCGGUUUGCCCAAAACUCGUUCGGGCAAGAUAAUGCGUCGUGUGUUGCGUAAAGUGGCAGUGAAUGAUCGUAAUGUGGGUGAUACGUCCACCUUGGCUGAUGAAAGUAUUGUCGAACAAUUGUUUGCCAACCGUCCUCAAGAAGCCAAGUAAGUUUGCUUAAGUCUCCAUGCAUUCCAGAAAACCAACCAACAAUAUAUAGAAAACAACCAACCAGAGGCUUAAGGAUAUCAUAAAAUAUAUAUAUUACAAUAUAUACACACACACAAAACAAGCUGCAGCAGUUAAAGGCCACAACCACAAAAUAAGUAAAAAACAAAAUAAUUGAAAACUUUUAAGCAUAAAAAACUGCAACUCUGUAUGGGAGUUUUUCUUAUUAUUAUUCUUCUUUUUCUAUUAGUUCUCUGUAAAUCUCUAUGAUUCAUUUUAGUUGUUUAAGUUUUAAUUUAAGUAAAUAAUUUUCCUUAAAAAUUUAUGUUAAAUGUUUAAGAACCGCACACACACAAAAAACACAUACCCAAAAUCCCAACCAGAUCCAAAAACUCUAGUACUUUAUACAUAUACAAAUUAUAUACAUUGCACAUUCUCAAUAAUCUUUUUUAACUAUUCUUAUUACAUAUUAUUAUUUUGUGAUUUUAUUUAUUAAAUAAAAUAAUUUUAUAUUUUUUUCGUUUAGACCGAGUCUGUGUACCAAUAGUUUAUAUGUUUGUAAAUGAUUAUUUAAUGUAAUUUGUAAUUUGUAACUUGUAUCUUGUAGAUGCAUGUAAUUUGCUUUUAGCCAAGUAGUUAUUGUUUUAUUAGUUAGUUUUUCUUUUCAUUUUCGUUAAAUGUGAUUAAAUUUCAUUUUGCGUUCUGGUUUAUUAGUUUAUUACCAAGUAAUUUGUUACAAUUUUUUUUAUUUAAAAUAUAAUAAAAAUUUGAAUAUUUUUUAUAUAUUUUUUAUCUUAAUGUUAAGUCAUAAGUACACAAAAUAAAAAUGAUUUUAAAUAUUAAUAAAAUCUUAAAACUAUAUUCUAUUAAAAAAAAUACAAAAAAAUACCAAAACAUAAA